AUGGUGGCUGUUUUGGGUGCGAGACGACGGAAGAAGAUGGCGAGUGGUGGUGGUGGUCGUGGUAGUAGUAAGAAGAAAGGGUUCUCCUUAAACCCGAAAGAUUACAAGCUCAUGGAAGAAGUUGGAUAUGGUGCUAGUGCUGUUGUCCAUCGAGCAAUUUACCUUCCGACUAAAGAAGUCGUCGCAAUCAAGUGCUUGGAUCUCGAUCGCUGCAACAGCAAUCUGGAUGAUAUAAGGAGGGAAGCUCAGACAAUGAGUUUGAUAGACCAUCCCAACGUUAUAAAGUCGUUUUGUUCUUUCGCUGUUGAUCAUAAUCUCUGGGUCGUCAUGCCGUUCAUGGCUCAGGGCUCGUGUUUGCACCUUAUGAAGGCGGCAUAUCCAGAUGGGUUCGAAGAGACGGCUAUAUGUUCUAUGCUGAAAGAAACACUCAAAGCUCUUGAUUAUCUUCAUAGACAAGGGCAUAUCCAUCGAGAUGUUAAGGCUGGAAACAUACUUCUUGAUAACACUGGGGAGAUUAAGCUCGGUGAUUUUGGUGUAUCUGCAUGUUUGUUUGAUACUGGCGAUAGGCAACGUGCAAGAAACACAUUUGUUGGUACUCCGUGCUGGAUGGCUCCGGAAGUCUUGCAGCCAGGAAGUGGAUACAAUUCCAAGGCUGAUAUCUGGUCUUUUGGAAUAACUGCGCUGGAGUUGGCCCAUGGUCAUGCACCUUUCUCAAAAUAUCCUCCCAUGAAGGUACUCUUAAUGACUAUUCAAAAUGCACCGCCUGGUCUUGAUUACGACCGUGAUAAGAAGUUUUCAAAGUCCUUUAAAGAAAUGGUAGCAUUGUGUCUGGUGAAAGAUCAAACGAAAAGGCCAACUGCUGAAAAAUUGUUGAAACACUCGUUUUUCAAGAAUGCAAAGCCUCCAGAGAUCUGUGUCAAAAAGUUAUUUGCUAAUUUGCCACCUCUUUGGACCCGUGUGAAAGCUCUUCAGGCCAAGGAUGCUGCACAGCUGGCUCUGAAAGGAAUGGCCUCUGCUGACCAGGAUGCUAUAUCACAGAGUGAAUACCAAAGAGGAGUAAGUGCUUGGAACUUCAAUAUUGAAGAUUUGAAAGAACAAGCAUCUUUGGUUAAUGACAGAGGACAGGUAUUUAGUCGUCAAUUACCAUCGGAAAACAUGAACGGAAAGGAAAAAGUUUCAGAUACUGAGGUGGUAGAACCGAUCUGUGAAGAGAAAUGCAUUCUCAAUUCAACCGCUUCAUCUGUUGAACAAACAAUACCAAGUUCAGAGCAUGACGUUCCACAGGCCAAAGCUAAGCCAGUGAGACGCCAGACUCAGAGUGGACCACUUUCACCCGGUAUAUUGUUAACCAAUUCGGAUUCAGUGAAGGGCCAUGGUUAUGCAAGGCCUGAGAGUGAGCGCCAGCCAGCAACAUCAGUCCAGAGGGCACCUAGCUUUAGUGGUCCAUUGAAUCUUCCGAACCGUGCUUCUGCAAAUAGUUUUUCAGCUCCUAUAAAAUCUUCUACAGGAUUCCGUGAUUCUCUGGAUGACAAGUCAAAGGCUAAUGUGGUUCAAAUCAAAGGAAGAUUCUCAGUAACAUCAGAAAACUUAGAUCUUGCAAGGGCGUCCCCAUUGAGGAAAUCUGCAAGUGUUGGAAAUUGGAUACUCGAUUCUAAAAUGCCACAGCCAACGGGACAACCGCCCAUGAAGGAGUUAAGUAGUCAUCCUGUGUCUCCCUCAUUCAUCAUGCCUCACCUUCAAAACUUGUUCCAGCAAAAUUCAAUACAGCAGGAUCUCAUUAUAAAUCUCCUUAAUAGCUUACAGGCUACUGAAGCAACAGAUGGUUCUCAAAACGGAAAGUUGCCGCCUUUGCCUCGAGGAUCCGACAGCAAUGGAGCCGUUGUUGAACCCACAGCUUUCGAGAGAGAAAGGUUACUUCUUACCAAGAUCUCUGAGCUUCGAGCUAGAAUGUACGAGUUGAGCGAAGAACUUGAAGAAGAAAAAUCAAAACACACCCAACUGCAGCAGAAGUUGAAAUCAGUCACCGGUGGCGAGCAAUUGUAAUCAGAGACCGGAAUACUGAGCUGCACGGAAAGCUUUUGGAGAAGAGGAAAGUAUAUUUUGUACACUAAAAAAGAAACCAGAGAAGCUCUCACUUCCAUGAAAGCAAAAAGGACAGUUUUGGUUCUGUUCUGUGCCUGCAGAAGCAGACAUCGGCCAUUACAGGAGAAACCAGCAAAAGGCAUAUAGAGAAUAAGUGGAGAAGAAAGCUCGUAGUCAUGGUAUUUGCUUAAGAUAUAAAUUAUAGUCUUACUUUUUGAGUAAGAAAAAGUUUAUUUUGUUGUUGUUGUAUUACUAUUAUUAGCAAGUAUCUAAUAUAGGCUCUUAUCCUUUUUGUGGAUUGUAAAUGAAACUUGAUUUGAUGUAUUUGUAUUUGUAUUUGUAUCGUAUCCACCAGAUUCUUAACUAAUAAUCUCAUGGAGUGAAUCAUCAACAUAUUUGUUCUUUAAACACUUUGAUUAAGAAUUGAGUUUGCUCC